CAUAUAAUCAAAACAUUCUGUUUAACCUCAAAUAUUUAUUUGACGCAAAACUGGUGGUAUAUUUGUUUUAUUUUUAUUAAAAAGAAAUAUAAAUAUGAAAGAAACGCCUUUAUCAACAUGCGAAAGAAACUUUAUUAUACAAGCCAUUAAACAGAAUCAGCGUUUGGAUGGUCGAAAAAAUGAUGAAUUCCGGCCAAUAAAAAUUAACUACGGAGCUGAUUGGGGUAGUGUUAUAGUGGCUUUGGGAGAAACAAAAGUUAUAGCUCAAGUGUCCAGUGAAUUGGGAGUCCCAAAAGCUACUAGACCCAAUGAAGGCAUGUUACACAUAAACGUUGAAUUAGGACCUAUGGCAGCCUCUCAUUUCGAAGUUGGACGUAAUUCUGAGCUCACCAUACAAUUAAAUAGGACAUUGGAAAGAACAUUUAGAGAGUCAAGAUGUCUAGACUUGGAGUCAUUGUGCAUACAGUCGGAAGAAAGAGUAUGGAUUUUACGUGUUGAUUUAAAUGUUCUUAACCACGAGGGAAACCUUAUUGAUUGUUGUUCGGUGGCGACAUUGUGUGCUUUAAUGCAUUUUAGAAGACCCGAAGUCAGUUUAGUAGAAGAUGAUGUUAUUAUACAUACAGCUGCGGAAAAAGAGCCUCUACCAAUGGUCAUGCAUCAUUAUCCGGUAUGUGUUAGUUAUUGUACUUUCGAUGAUGGCCGUAUAGCUGUAGCAGAUCCUACUAUUAUAGAGGAAAGGACUAGUGAAUCACAAAUGAUUUUUGGCAUAAAUUCUUUUAGAGAAUUAUGCUGCAUGAAUUUGGGCGGUUCCUCUUUAACAAGUUCAACUUUAUUAUUGCAAUCCUCCAAACGAGCAUCUAAUCAGGCGAAAAAAGUAGUAGAUUUGGUCAAGAAAACCCUUGAAAAUGAUUUGGCUGCUAGAGAAAGUCGAUCGAAUGUUGGUUUUACUGAAUGCUUGAGGCAGAACACUAUUACAAGCCUAGCAGAAGAUCGUUUAGUUUUAAAACUAAGACACUUCACCUUUAAUGAAGUCGAGACUGAGGAACAGCAACGUAAAAAGGAAUUCUUUAAAAAAUUGGCUGAAAAUGACGACGAAGAUGACAGUGAAAAUGAUGGCGAAAUUACACUCCAAAGUAUGAAUGCUUCAAAACCAACAUCAUCUGGUACAGUAGAAAAAUCGCAGAGUGAUUCUAAAUGGAUGCCUGAAGAUGAUGCAAAUAUGGAAUCUGCUACUAGUAGUGAUGAAGACAACAAUUUUGAACAUUCCGUAAAUGAUGGUAUAGGACAAAGUAAACAGUGCAAUAAUAAAACUACAAGUAAAGCAAAUCAGCCUAAACCGACAAAAACAAAAGCUCAAAAAAAUCCUCCUAAAGGCUCAAUAUCAGAUUCUGAAGAAGAGGAACAAGUUGUUUUAUAAGUUUAUUGUAGUUUAUUUAAAUACUAUAAGAUUUUAAUAAAUGUUUAUAAAAUAA